CUGAACUGAACUGAUAAAGUGUCGCAUCGUCUGCAUCUCUAUCAGACUACUCGUGUCGUUGUGUGCAUGUAUGCUCAACCUAAUCACAUCACAACCUUUCCCCUCCUUUCCUCUGGAAGUCGCUGUUAUCGCUGUCGUGAAUCCAUCUUAGACUCUGCAUUGCAUUACAUGCAUAGCAUGGCCAUUUCUUUCUUCUUUAACGAUACAUCCAUCAACAGUAGAAAGGAAAAAACAACGUCUCGCUUGGAAGUGUCACAAAGUUUCAUUGUUACACGCCAUGUGUUCCACAGAAGAAAAGCCAUCUCCCUCCCCCUAUAUACGAACACAACAUAGCACAAAGAAAAG